GUGCAGAAGUCUUUCAGCAAUCGAAUCGCGUUUCCAACAUGCAACUGUUCCUUCUACUCCUCCUGGGAGCCUUGGGCUAUUCGUUGGCCUAUCCGCGCAGCUAUAGUUACGAGUAUCCCCGGCGAAGGUCCUACUCUCCCUCGUACUCCGGUAAUUCCUACAGCUCCCUAGGCAGUCGGAAAGCCAGGGAGGAAACAACCACUAACAAAUCGGACAAGGAAAAUGCCAAGUUUGCCGGAGCAUCCAAUCAGGAGCUGGAUGAAUCCGGUGAUGAACGCACACUGCUGCUCAAAAAGAAAUUGAAGAGAUUGGCGCGACCAUACCUGGGAGGAUAUGGUGGAUACGGAGGAUACGGUGGAUACGGUGGAUAUGGCGGAUACGGUGGUGGUCCCUGUGGCCCAUUUGGCCGUGAUGCCAAGGGUGGUCAGAAGGAUCCCGAUGAGCAGGGACGUUUCCUGUUCGACGUGAAUGUGGUGAAAGUUUAUCCUGGCGGAUGUCGCGGCUAUGGAGGAGGUGGACUCGGUGGCCUAGGCGGAGGUCUCCUGUCAGAUCCCCUUCCCCCAGUUCAGCCCAUUCCAGUGCCUGUGCGUCCGUACGCUCCAUUUGCCACCUGGCUGUCGCUCUUUGCUCCGGGAAUUCUUAACUCUGCAACAGUGCCUGGUGUUCCCAUCAGAGAUCCCCUGAGGGAUCCAAUUCGUCCUGCUGGUGAUCCGCAGAGCGAUCCUGAAGUGGAUCCCGCCUAUGCGGCACCUCCUCCAGUGCGUCGACCUGUUCCCAAUCGUGUCUACUACGAUUCUGCGGGAGCGCCUCCUGUGACACCUGCUCAAUUAGUGGGAGGCGUGGCCACCACCGUGAACGGAAUCAUUCAGCAAUUGACGGGUCAGGUGCAACCAGUUUACCAAACGGGAGCCUAUCGGUCGAGGGAUCAGCGAAGCAGCUACGGAUAGUCACCUCUAAACGAAUUUUCAUAUAGCGAUAUAUUUUUAAUGUAAAUAGACUUAAGAAAUAUAAUAAGAACGAUUUUAUAUACGGAA